CUAAAUUAUGAUUCUAUAAAAACCCCUUAAAGAAAAAAUGAAGUCUAAUUAAAAAAAGAAAGAAGAGUUGUAAAAAGGGAUUAAAUUGGUUUCAAGAAACAGCUCAUCGUCUUCUUCUUUCCCCCGCCAACUUCGGAUCCCUUCUUCUCUCCUCCACCUUCUCUCCAUUUUCUUCCCUUCCAAUUUACUUCUCAAGAAGUUAACCUCAAACCCACCAAAACAAAAACAUAAACAACAGGAAAAAAAAACAUUUUUUUCUCUUUUCUUUUCUUAGACAUUCAGAGAGAGGGGAAGAUUUUGGGUUUGUGGUUUUCUCCUUCUCUGCAUUGGAAGUUGUUCUUCUUUUUUUUUUUAAAUCUUCGUUGUAAGAUUUUUGAUUAAAUGGGUAACGUGACGUCAAAUGUGGCGGCCAAGUUCGCAUUCUUCCCGCCGGAGCCGGCAACAUACGGCGUCACAAAGGAUGAAGAGACCGGGAAGCUGGUCUUUUCCGGAGUGUCGGCGGACAAGAACGUCGAAGUCCACCAGCUCACCACAAAGUCCGGCAACAAAGUUGUCGCCACGUUCUGGAAACACCCUUUUGCGAGAUUCACGCUUCUCUAUUCUCAUGGCAAUGCCGCUGACCUUGGCCAGAUGGUCGAGCUCUUCAUCGAGCUCCGUGCUCAUCUCCGCGUCAACAUCAUGAGUUAUGAUUAUUCAGGCUAUGGAGCUUCAACAGGAAAGCCGUCUGAAUUCAACACAUAUUAUGACAUAGAAGCAGUGUACAAUUGCUUGAGGACUGUUUAUGAGAUCAAGCAAGAGGAGAUAAUUCUGUAUGGACAGUCUGUAGGAAGCGGUCCAACGCUGCACAUGGCUUCUCGGUUGAAGAGGCUGAGAGGAGUUGUUCUUCACAGCGCCAUUCUCUCUGGAAUUAGAGUCCUGUAUCCUGUCAAAAUGACUCUCUGGUUUGAUAUAUUCAAGAACAUAGACAAGAUCCGUCAUGUCAACUCCCAAGUUCUUGUCAUACAUGGCACAAAUGAUGAGAUUGUUGAUUUGUCUCACGGGAAAAGAUUGUGGGAACUGGCGAAGGAGAAGUAUGAUCCCUUAUGGGUGAAGGGAGGAGGGCACUGCAACCUCGAGACUUACCCUGAGUACAUCAAGCACCUCAAAAAGUUCGUAAACGCAAUGGAGAAACUCUCUCUAACCAAUCCACCGACCAAACAACUAACCAAUGAGCCAAGUAUCACCGAGACUAAGCACAAUCGGUGCCUGAAAUUUGGGAAAAGGUAGCAGCAGAAUCAGAAGACAUUUGGUUUGGUAGAUUCCUUCUUUGACAUCGCAAGUGCAUUGAACUCGGAACACUCAGAAGCUUGUGCAAAAGUCGUUUCGUAUGUGAUCAAAACCAACGCUAAACACAGGGUCACAGACAACGGCUGAACAGAGGUCAUCUAGGGAAGUAUUUCAAUGUAGAAUGUUUCCCUGUUUUGGGGUAUUUGCUCGAUGUUCAAUCUCCUGUAAAAAUGUAGCACCAAGUUUGGGGGUUUCUGUAGCACAUCAUUACUUGUAGGAGAAGAAACAGAGAAAAAAUGUAAUCAGUAUUUUCUUCAACC